AUGCCUCUCAUAUACCCGUCCAGGGGGAACCGGAUAGGUCCGACGUCCGUGGGUCCUCCGCCCACACCAAGUCAGCCGGUGGAGGAUUCCGUGCGCUGUUACUCAUGCCCUGACUACGAUAGCGACUACCUUGUGACGGCGCGAGUUCCUAGCGAAGAUGCGUCCGAUCAAAAGGCGGCUCACUUCGUAUCGCUACUACAUUCGUACGCCGCUAGCGGCAGGAAAACCCGGGAUGACUCGGUCAAGAAGAAAUGGCUGGAAGGUGGCAUCUUCCAGAAUCCGGACAGCGUCAUCUACAAACGGCUACUCGAAGAGGACUCCACCGAUUCGGAUUACGAGCCGACCGAGGCAGAUCUGCGACAAUGGUUGAAAGUUCAUAAGAAGCGGAAACGUCUCAUUGAAAAACUUCAGAAAUCCGCUCACGACCCGGACAACGGCGCCAACAAGAGCAACAAAUACAAGUACAGGUCGUGGGGGGUUCUGAACCGAUGCGAACCCCUCAUCCUGGAAGCGGAUUUCGACGAGGUGAAGGAUCAGCUCCGUCUCAACAUCCGUCCUGACGAGGUCGAGGCCAUGCUGAACGCCGAGAAGAAGAUCAAAAAACGCUUCGCGGGCGCUCACGUCAGUCGGGGCAGCUCGGCGCAUCAGUGGGGUCUCUUGAGCAGCAGCAGCAGCGAUGAUGACGAUUCCAGUCUGGCCGAGAAUUCCGAUAACAACAAUUCGGAUAAUUCCGAUAGCGAGGACGAGGUCAAUCGUUUCCCGGCUGCGCCGGCCGGAACGCCUGCAGUCCACGAAGUUAGCAAGAAGAACGUGAGACGGAAAAAAGAGAAAACCCCACAGCAGUUAGCUCUCGAAGCAGCCGCGAAACGUCGGAAACUCUGGGUCGAAAUCUCGAAAAAAGAUGUUCAUAGGGCGUUCAAAUCCAAUCAAAACUCUAGGAAAGAUACCAUGCAGUUGCGCAAGAAACUCGCUGUCGGAUGCAUGCGAGAAGUUCGCAAAAAAGCACUGAUCUCGCAAAAAGUUUCGCGGGAGAAUGCUUCGCGAUCUCGGAGAUUGUGUCGCGAGAUGCAGGCAUAUUGGAAACGCUACGAUCGCGCAGAGAAGGAUCAGCGAAAACGAGCGGAGAAAGAAGCCUUAGAACAAUUGAAGGUCGACGCAGAACUUCGGGAGGCGAAACGUCAACAGAGAAAGCUCAACUUCCUGAUCACCCAGACCGAGCUGUAUGCGCAUUUCAUGAGCCGGAAGAAAGCUGGCGACCAAAUUCUGCAGGAUAAGGCCACCCAGGACAUCUUGGGGAAACUCGAUCAGGGCCCCGACGCCAACAACGAGGACGAAGUCGAUUCUGAAAGAUUAAAAUCAGAGGCUCUUGGAAACGCCAGGGAUGCCUUCUUGGCUCACAAACACGAAAAAGACGACUUCGAUGCUGAUCUCGGACUGCCCGUCAAGUCAGAGAACAACUUCGACGACCACGAAGAUCUGCCACAGCCACGCAUGUUCCAAGGAAAAUUAAAAUGCUACCAACUCAAAGGGAUGAGCUGGCUAUACGGCUUGUACGACCGAGGAAUCAACGGAAUCCUGGCGGACGAAAUGGGCCUCGGCAAAACAGUUCAAACGAUCGCGUUCUUUUCUGCCCUCGUCGAGCGCCAAUCGGUCUGGGGUCCAUUUCUUGUGAUAGCGCCAGCCUCCACACUGCACAAUUGGCAGCAGGAAUUGAGCAAAUUCGUCCCCCAGUUCAAAGUUGUCCCAUAUUGGGGUAACGCCUCCGAUAGAAAAGUGCUACGGAAGUUCUGGUCGGCUCGCAACCAAGAUCUUCACACGGAGCACAGUUCAUUCCACGUUGUGGUUACUAGUUACCAAUUAGUCAUUCAGGACGUGAAGUAUUUCCAGCGCAUCAAGUGGCAAUACAUGGUUUUGGACGAGGCACAGGCCAUAAAAAGCACUUCCAGUCAGCGCUGGAAAGUUCUUCUGGGUUUCACUUGUAGAAACCGUCUGCUCCUGACCGGAACUCCGAUUCAGAACGCCAUGCAGGAGCUGUGGGGCUUACUUCAUUUCAUCAUGCCAUACCUCUUCGAUUCUCACCAGGAGUUCAACGAGUGGUUCUCGAAAGAUAUCGAGAGUCACGCCGAGAACAAAACGGCCAUCGACGAAAAACAUCUAUCCCGACUCCACAUGAUCCUCAAGCCAUUCAUGCUAAGGAGGAUAAAGAAGGACGUCGAGAACGAGCUCUCGGACAAGAUCGAGAUUCGCGUCGAUUGUCACCUGACGCAACGUCAAAAAGUCAUGUGUCACGCUUUAAAGAAGAAAAUUCGCAUCGAGGACUUGAUGCAAAGCACCGGGUUGGACGGAUCUUCGCAAGCAGCAACAUCGGCAACGACUUGCCUCAUGAAUAUCGUCAUGCAAUUCCGUAAAGUUUGCAACCAUCCGGAUCUAUUCGAGCGUGAGGAUGUACGCAGUCCGUUCUUCAUGAAACUGAAUCCGUGUCGUAUACCAAAGACGUUUUUCGACUCGGACCUCUUCAUACGAUCAUUGCCAAACAAGCGUCUACCGAACAUUUGGCAUCCCGGCGAAAUUCAGUGCCAGAGCCAAGCGAACGACAAGCAAUCAUCGAAGCGUUGGGAAAAUUCGUUUAAUAACGCGUUCGAAUUCAUCUCUCUCACUGGCUUGAGCCCUGCCGAGGUUUCCCUGUGUUUUCUCGGCAGUAGGCUCGAUAAACUCCAACUGGCAUCGGAGAAGAACUCCGAAGUCGAUAUCGAGCACUACCGUUCCCUGAUGGGACACUCCACCAAAUGGUACACCUUACCAACGAAACUCCCAUCACGGAACCUCGUAGGACACAGUGCUCUGAAGAGUUUGCUAUUCGCCGUUUACGACGAGAUGUACUGCUUUGGUUCGCGGGUGACCAUCACUCCCAUACCAGAGACCCCCGCCCAUUACGAGCACCGUGUUCGGAAAGCCAACGAGCAUCAGGACGACGAGGACGAGAUACCGAUCCGCAUCAAAGUUGAGAGAGUCCGACACAGACCGAGACCGGCUCUUGAAUUCAGCACCCUGCUGCCUCCUCCCGCUUUCAUGACGAACUGUCUCAUGAGCGUCUGUCUGGCGGCUAGCCCCGACUUGUGCACCAGCCACAACCGAGGCUUCCGCUGGUUACAACGGGUCAGCAUGGGUGGAAGCCGCGAAGCGCACAACUGGCUUCAAACUGGCUUCACGAAGAUGUCAAUCGAGGAUCUCAAAUCACCGUCGUCGUCUUCUUUCAUAAGGGCGGGCAGACGCAUCGAGAGCUUCGGUAUUUCAGCUUGUCGACCGAGCCGAGGCUGGUCGCACAUCGUGAUCCCUAGCAAGGAACGACUGGUCACUCAGAGUGGGAAACUACACGCGCUGGACGACUUGCUCAAACAGCUGAAAUCCGGAGGGCAUAGAGUACUAAUAUAUUCACAAAUGACGCGUAUGAUCGACCUCCUCGAGGAGUUUAUGAUACACCGGAAGUACAUCUACAUCCGACUCGACGGUAGCUCGCGCAUCUCCGACCGGCGAGACAUGGUGAACGAUUUCCAGGAGCGAGCCGAUAUAUUUGUGUUCCUCUUGUCGACUAGAGCGGGAGGUUUGGGAAUCAACCUGACCGCUGCCGAUACUGUGAUAUUCUACGAUAGUGACUGGAAUCCGACGGUGGAUCAACAAGCAAUGGAUCGAGCGCAUCGGCUCGGGCAAACAAAGCAGGUGACGGUGUACCGCUUGAUCUGCCAGGGUUCCAUAGAAGAACGCAUCCUGGAACGCGCUAAGGAGAAAAGCGAAAUACAACGUAUGGUCAUGAGCGGAACCCACAUGAGGCCUCACGACGCCCUCAAACCGAAAGAGGUUGUUUCGUUGCUGCUCGACGACGAGGAGCUGGAGCGUAAAUUCCGCCAAAAACAGGAGGAACGACGACUGUUGGCUCAGGCUCAAGCUCUGGCGCCGAUGAGCGAAAGCGUGCCCACCGAGCAGGCCCCGCUCACAGCCGACUCAUUGAUGAAUCUUGCGCCUAAACGUAAGAGGAACAAUCGAUCGACGGGCCGUCCUGUUGGCCGACCGAAGAGAGCGCGGACGGUGGAGGAUUCCGUCGGGGACAGCGUUCCCGCAUCUCCGACUAGUGAGUUAAGUCUGAAUUCGACGGCUGCCGCCCCUGCCACGGCUGUCGACGACGACCGGGAGUCGGUGCUGGUUGUGGACGAGGAUUACCAACAACCGGUACCGCCGCUGCAGCAACAAAAAUUGACCCCUAGCUCUAGGAGUUCUACUGCGAAGACCAAAACUCGAUCUCCGAAAGGAUCGACGCCCAAGAAGAAGAAGAAAUCGGAAAAAAACAAACAUCCUCUGAACAAGACAAAUAAUCAGAAAUCCGUGAGACCUUCUUCAGCGAUGGGCUCGGUGGGAUUGUCGACCGGCAACAAUGUGGUGCUCGAUGUUGACGUUCCCGAUCCGGUGUUCGCGUGGAAUGACCUCAACCUCGACAAUCUCGAGGAAAUUGACGUGAACGAUAUCGACUUAGCGACUUUGGAGAACGUCAAGGUUUAGGAAAAUUUUUAUCUGCAGGAAAACCAAAAAAAACUGUACCCGGUCGGCGAUCAUCCAACUAGAUAGCUUCGGAAUAAUUUCGUUCAGUGAGUCAAGUCCAUUGAGUUUCACCGAAAGCACCUCCCACGAAUCGUUGUGUAAAUAAGCGCUGUACACAAACCGGAAUUGUAUAUAAUGUACAACGAACCAACCCAAAACCAAGAGAGUAACUUAUUGAUAAAUUGAGGAAGCAUCCUU